AUCGUCGAUUAUUUCAUUCUCUUGGAAUUCGUCGCAAAAAAAUGAAAGCAAAGUUCGUCAAGCUCCCAAUUCUAUUCCCGCGAUAUAUUCGGGUGUGCGUGUAGUAGUUUAUGCGAUUCUGGCGAAAGGCAUCGAACCUAAAACAAUUAUAAAUCUUUCGGCACAAUCUCCGGAUAGCCCGAUUAAACUUGAUGUUAAAGUAGAUCCGGUAACUCUCCAUGGAUCGAAAAUACAUACUUUAGCUGCUCGGAAACUAAUUCAGGAUUUGGAAGAAGGAACCUCCUAUCUGCACGCGGAUUCCAUCGGAAAAGAGAAAGUUUUCAAUGACCUUGUCAAAAAACAAAUUAUUAAUUUAGGUAUUACUUUCAGCCUUGCGUCAAGACACACCAGUUUUCUAGCAAUUAACGAGAAAACUAAUUCGGAAAUCGCUAGGAGUGAGACUCUUAAGCAAAAAAGAGAAGUUCCGGGACAUGUACGAUCUUUUGCUAGACGUUCGGCAAUUAUGCCUCGUAGUUUAAAAAGUUCUAGAAUGGAAAGCUAUAAAAGAAAAAAAUCAUCAUACAGCCUUGUGUCAAUGAAAAGGCGGUCAAUGUCAAACGAAGACGUAAGCUCAUACGAAGACCUGAUCACUUCAGCAAUUCUUCCUGUAUCAGUACCAAGUUUACAAGCUCAAAAGCAAGAACUAUCACUACCAUUUGACAUAAAGUCACCAAAUAUUGAAACAUUAUACGAAUUUUUAAAAUUCCAAUCAUUCGAUGGAAAGUUCGUUGCGAAAAAUUCGAAUUUCUCGAGCUUAUUUUCCGGUCACGAUUCAAUGAAAGAUGAAGAUUCGGUGUGGACGACAGCUGUGGCAAUGGCUUAUUUGGAAAUUGUGAUGAAGGAGUUUAAAGAGGAAUGGGAAUUGUGUUUUGAAAAGGCGGAACGCGCAUUAACGGAUUUAAUUGGUAAAAAUGAUGAAAGUAAGAAAGUUGAGAAUAUUUUGGCGGAAGCUCAUGAAUGGGUGCAAAAAUGGGUUGCAAGUAAAUGA